UUUCGUAGGAGUGACGCGGAUGAAGUUUGUCUCUUGCGAGGCGCCAUCCGCAUACCCUUUCCCCUUUCGCUCUCUCCUAGCGAGAUUUCCCUUUAACUUUUACUGUUUUUACGUUUUAAAUCCAGUGCCUUUGGUUCGUCAUCUUGUUAGUCUUCUUAGUUAUAGUCUGCGUGUAAGUGGCAUGAUGUUCACGUCCACCGGUUCGAGGGGAUUGUAUAAAGCACCCCUGUCCAAGAGCUUACUGCUGCUUCCUACAGUCCUGACUGUGCUGCUGACUGUGCUUCUGCCUCAGUACCAGGAUCUGUUCAUAUACAACCUCCAGGCUGUCAGGCAGGGCAAGCAGUUCUGGAGGCUGGUGAGUGGACGGCUCAUCUGCUUGGACCUGAAAGACACUUUCUGCAGCAGUUUGCUUAUUUACAACUUUCGUAUUUUUGAGAGAAGGUUUGGCAGCCACAAAUUUGCUUCCUUCCUCUUUGGAGCAUGGAUUCUCUCUGCUUUUGUGGACUUGCUGCUGAUAGAGGCUCUUCGCUUCAUGUUUGAACUAAAAGUGGAUGUUCUUCCAGCUGGACUACUGGGCCCAGUCUUUGCUCUCUUUGUGCCUUUCUACAGCUCCAUCCCACGUGUUCAGGUCACUCAACUUCUCGGCCACAUCUCAAUCACAAACAAGUCUCUGACGUACAUUGUGGGUGCACAGCUCCUGACCUCAAGUGCCUACAUGUGGGUGGUUGCGUGCAGUGGACUAAUCGCAGGCAUGUUGUAUUAUAGUAAUAAGCUGGCAGUCCAGAGGUUCAUACGUGUUCCAGGAUGGGCAGCCAGAUUUAGUUCGGUGCUCCUAGAGCCGGUCUUCUCCGAUUCUGAGCCCACUGCGGAAGCUCCGCUGGGAAUGGGCGCUACUUUAGACAUCCAGAGACAGCAGAGGAUGGAUAUGCUGGACCAGCAACUGCUCCUGUCUCAGCUGGCACACCUCAGGAGAAAUGCACAGCAACAACAGGCUCAGCAGACAGGUCUCUUGAAUUGGAACAGAUUCUUCCCGACUCUAAGGCACAGAGGACAGAACCGGCACCAUGAGGGUCCCCAGCCGCAACAGCCCCCCUAUAUACCCCCGCCGGAUAACACAGCUGUUGCUGAGGAGCAGGUUGCAAGAUUAAUGGAGAUGGGUUUCUCAAGGAUGGAUGCCCAAGAAGCUCUCAGAGCAUCUAAUAAUGACAUUAACAUUGCAACAAACUUCUUGCUUCAGCAUUAAGAUUAAAAUAAAUUGAAGAUGACUGGGAGGACAAGGAGAAUGAGUUUUUUAACUUCUGUAAGAUCACUAAGUUGAAAGUACUUAGAACACAACACUGGUGUCAUAACUACACCUGCUGGAAGAAGUUAAGAGCACUGAUACACAACUCACAGGAGCUGAUGAUGUCACUUCCUAGACAGUGUGGCGCUCCUGCUGCUGUCUUGCAGUGCUACAAGGAGUUCACAUGCAAUUGCAACCCUCUCUGGUCCACAGGACAGAGCCAACAUGGUGGACAGUUAUACAUUGUGUCUCAGGGCUUGUGCCAUUUGGCAUCGUCCUUGAACCUACAUCAUCUUAUAAUUAAGAAUUCUAUAAUAUAUUGAUAAAUUAUUAAACCAUGUGUUGUUUUGGUAUAAGUAAGCUAAAUAGAAGUCUUAAUGGAAUAGUUCAUCCAUAAAUGUACGCAUUGUUCUCAUGUUGUUCCAAAGCUACGUGGUUUUUCAGUCUUCCAUGGAACACAAAUGCGGAUGUUUAACAGAAUGCCCUGGCUGAUCUUUUCCAUAUGAUAAAGCUAGAGAGUGACUAGUGGCUGGCAAGCUCCAAAAUAAAGAAUUAUAAGAAACCAUAAAAGUAGUCCGGACAACGUUUGUGGUUACUAUAAGUGAGGUAAAUUCAUAAUCAGUCCCUCUGUUUUCUGUGGUUGCACAUAUUUCAGCUUAACAAUUCAAAGUACUAUAGCUUGACAGGUUCUUGAAUCUCAUAAAACAGGAUAUGAGAUCUGUGGCAGAGACCAAAAUUUAAUUUUGGUUUGUUCCUCAUGCAAAAGCUCUCAUAUGACUUCAGAAGACUCUCUUUUUACACUUUUUUUUUUUUUUUUUUUUUUUUUUUGAUAGACUUAGUUUUUUUUUUCAUCUUAGUUUUUUGAUUAGAUUUAGUUUGUUGUGUGGAAAAGGGCAGCCUGAACAUUCAUGUAAGUAUCCCUUAUCGUCACAGUCAUUUUGUGUUCACAAGAGAAAGAAAGUCAUAUGGUUUUUGGAAUGACAUGAGGGUAAGUAAAUUAUGACAAAAUUAUUUUUGGGUGAAAUGUUUCUUUUUUUGGGGGUCAAAAACUUAAAAGGGCUAGUUGUAUGGCAAUGUAUUUAAAGUACACUUGGAUUUAGUGGAUUCAUCAAGAGGCCACUGACAUGCCAUUUAAUUCAGAAUCAAAACAAAUGAAAGUUUGGGAAACAGAAAACACGAAAUGUCCUAUUCUGUCAAAGCCUCAGAUUGUUUUCUUUUAAUUAUUAUUUUAAAUUAUGCAGAAAUACACAUUCUAUCAUUGUUAUUGUGUGACUUUGCUGUCUGAAAAGCCUAAAAAAAAGUGGUACAUUUAUAGUGGUAUGUUGAAAAGGAAACAAGUGGUAUGUUGAAAAGGAAACAAGUGGAACUUUCAUGCCAUAGUCAUCCAGUUGGAAAUAUUUGUGUUAUUUUAUGAUGCUUAGAAACUUUUUCUGCACAAUGAAAAUGGAUAAUAUUCAGAGCAUCUUAAUGUUAAUCGGAGAGUGGGACAAAACCUUUUUAACAGCAUGAUUUCUCUGUGGUACAAAAAGAUAAGAUUUAAACUCUCAUUAAAGGGACAAGAACAGUGUUGAUACCCAUAACUGGCAUUAAAAUCAUGUCUUUAAUGAACAUAGCCAUUUAAAUAUAAAUUAUAAAAUUAUUAUGAUGUUAUGGUAAUAAGAUUUUGUUCAUGUGAAUGUUCUCUUGUUUAUUAUGCAAAACUGUGUUUGACUUUGUGUCUAAUCAAGUGGUAUUAACUAAUUAAAUUAGAUUUAAUUUAAUUUAAUUAAAAAAAAAAAGUUUAUAAAAAUUAAUGUUCUGACUGCCAGAAAAGCACUGGUCCACCCACCCACCAGCACUGGUCCACCCACCACUCUUAAGGUUCUGUGUUGAACAUUCAUUGUGGUCAAACAAUAGGUCUACAUUGGGUGAGUAAAUUCUUUACAAUAAUCUUUGAUAAUAAUCAAAAUUCUAACAGGUGGUAAUAAUCAUCAUUUUUGGUUGCUCUUUUCUCAUCGUCUUGGGAAAAAUGCAUUUCACCAAUUUUACAGAUUGAGAUGGAGUCUGAAAUUCAACAUUAAAGGGAUACUCCACCCCAAA